GCUGCCAUGUUUGGUUGCUUUGUUGUAGGCUUCCACUAGGUUUCCUACAGAAUUAGUAAGUGUGGAAAUGGAGCCGAGCUGGAGUACGUUUCUUUUUCAACAGGCCAAUGAAGCCCUCCACCACCAGCACCAGGUGGCCCAGAACAGCCUAUUGCCUCUUCUUAAUACAGGGACUGAACCAAUCGACCAAAAGCCUAUCCUGCCCAUCCAAAUAGAACACAAAGUCCAAACCAAUGCUGCAGAUCUCCUUAAAGACAAUGUGGCCAGUGGAGGGGGUGUACGGCCACUGCAUGGGAUAAAGAAGGAGCACAAAGGCAAAACUCCGUUUGUUUGUGGGUACUGUAACAAAGCCUUCCGCGACAGCUACCACCUACGACGCCAUGAGUCCAGCCACACAGGUAUCAAAAUGGUGUCACGGCCAAAGAAGACUGCUCAGACGGCCCCUACCAUGGUCCCAAUGAUCUCCACGAUGACGCGAGACAACAACGGGAAUCCUUCCUACAUCUCUACAGCAGCAGGGAUCCUUUCCACAGCGACUACAUCUGUCUCGUCAGGCGCAAGCAUCAUGACAUCGUCUAUAAUGGGCAACAUGCACCAUCAGACUGUCCCAAAGAAACCUGCCAAACCUGUCAAGAAGAACCACGGGUGUGAGAUGUGUGGCAAGGCCUUCCGUGAUGUUUACCACCUGAAUCGCCACAAGCUCUCCCAUUCGGAUGAAAAGCCCUUCGAGUGCCCCAUCUGCCAUCAACGGUUCAAAAGGAAGGACCGGAUGACCUACCAUGUUCGCUCUCAUGAUGGUGGCAUUAUUAAGCCCUAUGUGUGCUCCGUCUGUGGGAAAGGUUUUUCCAGACCAGACCACUUGAGUUGCCACGUAAAGCAUGUUCAUUCUUCUGAACGGCCGUUCAAAUGUCAAGUGACGGCUUGUACCUCUGCUUUUGCCACCAAAGACCGACUGCGUUCUCACAUGAUCAGACACGAGGGCAAGGUGACCUGCAGCAUCUGUGGGAAGAUGCUGAGUGCUGCCUACAUCACCAGCCAUCUGAAGACUCACGGACAAACCAACUUUAACUCUUGUAACAAAGACGGCAACGAGGUCUGCAACUCGGCCUCCGCUACCCCCGUGAGCAUUUCAGCUCCCAUCUCCUUGGCGAUGAACCGCGGCAAUGCCAACAACCACCACGUCACCAUAGCGGCGCAGAUGAACAUCAGCACCAACACGGUUAACAUCACGUCACCGGUCAGCCUCCAGCACCCGGUCACCAUCACCGGGCCCGUCAACAUCGCCUCAGUCAACAUCCCCUCCUCCGCGCCCAUGAAUAUCGCCCACUCGGUCGCAAUAACCACCCCCAUGGCGAUGAAUAUUGCCGGCCCGCUCAAUAUUGCCAUGAGACCAGUAGACAGCAUGCCUUUCCUGUCCCAAGUCCUGCCGUCUUCCCCGCAUUGGUAAAAGCAAAAGGAGCAUUUAACCACAAGGCGAAACUCAGCCCAGCUCUUUUUUUCCAUACCCUACUGAACUUUUUUCCCCUCUACAUCAAGUGAGUGAUGCGGUUGUCCAUGAGGUGUGCAGCCAGGGGGCGCUCUCGAGUCAAAUUUUACAUGACUGGAGAGGCGCCACACUUGAGUAGAAACCAAGUAGGACCGACCUUAAAUGAGGACAAGUUUAGGACUUAGCAUAGUUGUUUGGAGUGCUGAAACUGUGAUGUGUGCCAUGACAGGCCAGGUGAGGUAAAGCGGUUGUUUUGAUCCUAACAGGGGAGACCAGGUGGAUGAACUGAAACAUCAUCCAUAGAUUGCUCUCUUACGUUGUUUACUAUAGCCUGCUAAUCCAUAUUUAAUGUAGGAAAUUAGCAUAGUAAAAAGGGACAGCAGCUUCCAUGUGCUUCUCAGAUAGUUACUACACUCUUGAGGUACAGCUAACAUGUACAUUUGACAUAGUAAUGUAUUUUCAUGUUUUAGGUUUUUACCUUUUUUGUCCUCGACUAUGAAAUGUUUGUAUUUUUCUAUUUGUUUUCGGCUCAUGAAGGCUUGUUUAUAUGUUCUAUGGUAGCUUUUAUUGGUUUCCCCCAAUGUAGUCGGAGUGGAUGGAGUCUUGCACUGAACACAUGUUUUACACAGGUGAAGAGCAGCAGUAUUAGUUGACGUCUCACUCCUAUCUAGAUGUUUUUUGUUUACUUUAUAUCCUAAUGCCCCAAAAAGCCUCACUCAGGAAAUCUCCGGAGGAAUAUAUACUACACAUGUUCAUUCUGGGAUUGCUUCGUUUGUAUUACUUUUGGAAAAGCAUUUGGUACCGUAGGAAUUGUUUUUGUCUGAACAAAAAAUGUCAUCGGUGUAACAAUCACCAGUGUUUACUUCCAUUUGGAGAUUCUUCUCUAUAGCCUUCCACGACAAAUCCAUUUAUUUUUAUUUGAGGUGCACGACUGAGUGGCUUAUGUAAACAUGUUUUUUUUGUAGUUGUUGUUAGUGAUAUUGUUCGCACUGGAAUAUCUUAGACCGCAAGCAGGUUCAAUUAUUUGUUUGCCAUAUUCCACAUUUCAAGCUGCGAUUUGUCAGCAUCUCAAAUUGAUGAAUGAAAUGUUGAACUGGGCGGAUAUUUUUCCAGUCCUUAUAGUUUAUCGUUAUUAGCAGAUGUUGCAUGAAGAAGAGUUUUGGUACACACUGCCCUAUUUCCAUCAGGGAUGAUGAUAGUUUUUAAAGCAUAACCCGUCCAUUGAGAUGAUUCUUUGCUGUGUUAUGGCAUACCUACUGUACAUUUGAUAUUUUUUUUAAAGAAAAACAUCAGUCUCAGGCAGCAAAGAUUUUCAAAAUUGAGACUGACAUUGCAUGAGCUCAAACACUAUAGCUGUUAAGACAUAUUUUUCAAGAAUGCCUUGUUGUCUCGACAGUGGUGCAACUAUUGGAGACUUUCAGUUUACACUGAAAAAAAAUGCAAUAUGCAUGACUUUUUGUUUUUAACAAAAUAGUGUAUUUUUCUUACUGUAUGACGUAGAUACACUAUAAAUAGCUUAUUUGCCAAAUUUGAGCAAUUAAUGUGAUAAACUGUCGAAUUGAACACUCUGUAUUUUUAAAGCAAAUUGAAAACUCCAUGACCUUUUAUGUGAAAACUUUUGAAUGUAUAACUUUGUACAACACUACUUUAGGUCUGAGGAUACAGUAGUGAAGAUAGAUAAAAUAACACUUUUUAUAAUAAAACAUUUUGUAUUAGAACAUUAACAAUGGUAAUUUUGUAUAUACUAGCAACAAGCUUUCUGGUUAGUGGAAAGAUCAAACAUUCCUGCAUUUCAGCAAAAAAAAAAAAAAAAGUGUCCAAUUAUUACAUGAACAUUGCGCAAUGUUAUGUGCCUUUUAUUUGGGUUGUCUGAAUAAAAGAAAACCAUCA